AUGCGUACGUUAAAAGAAAGUACAAAGAUGCUUCAAAAGACACAGAGUUGUAGCCGUUGACUCUAGCUGAGUCAAUUUCCGAUCCUUGCGAAUUAACAAGAUUUGUCUACUAGUACAAGGACUUUUCCGAUUCUACAGCUACGACAAGUAUCUAGAAAUUGUAUCUGCAACUUGCAAGCCUCUUCAUACGCUCAUCCUCACUCACAACAACUUCAUCUCUGUAAACAGAAUAAGUUCUUAGUCCACUACGACUUCUCUGCCCUCGACGUGAUGUCUUCUCCCCUCACUGCCUCUUCAGCCGAGGAGGCGGCCAAGGUAUCUGAUUUGCUUACCAGACUAAAGGAAAAAGAGGAGGACGCGCCACAAGAGGCAUGCUUACGAUUUUUGAGAGCACGGAAUGGGAAUGUGGAUAAGGUACUGACUCUGACAAGAAAGUCGUCCUGUAGGAGAAGCAGAUAACAACUACAACUUGGUUUGUCGUUACAGUCAAUGAGUAGGUCGAUGUAGUUCUUUGAGCACGCUACUUAGAUGAAAUGUGGCCUGUCUGUGUUAUUUCGCUCUUCCUAUAGUACACUACGACUUGUUUCCAAAAAAUGUAACCUCGAACAUCAACCUCAGGCUUUCGACCUCCUCCACAAGCAUCUCCUUUGGGUGAAAGAGAUGCGGCCACUGGAAAUCACGCAAAACGAUAUCACUUUAAGGCUUGGGAGUUGACAUCUCUAUGCGCGUCUCUAUGGCUAUCUCAAGUAGGAAAGCCAUAGAAAUGCGAGCUAGAGAUGCCAACUUUCAACCUCUAAUCACUGUUCCCUUGAAUGCUGGCUCCAUGUUGGUCUUGGGCGUAAAUUAAGGCCUACCUUUUUAAUUCAUCUUUAUCUUAUUGAUAUAUGAGGCAUCUUGGACGAGACGUGCUUGCAAGGGGAAAAUCAUGGUCGAGGAUGCAGCUCUAAGAAAGCCACUAGGUCGCAUCAUCAUCUGAAGACACUAGUAGCCGCUUCUUCAUGUACUUGAACCGAUAAACUUUGUUGAGGUGGUAUCUACGAUAUCUAGAGGUGAUAUCGCAGGAAAACUACUAGGUCGUGGGCAGCUGCAACCAUGAUUUUCCCCUUGCAAGCACGUCUCGUCCAAGAUGCCUCUGCUACACCAAGUGUUUAUUUUCUAAGAAAGCCAAUUCGGCAAUGCAGUAAUGUUCGGCAGUUCGAGAGCGUGGAAUCCGCAUCAGUACUCGUUAGAAACGUGCCUGAAGUUCAUUACCUACUACAUGUGCCGAAUGGAGGAGCACGUGUUGAAAAAAACGGGGGCGAGUCAAUUCGUUUUUGUGUUUGAUGUAAGUUACUGGGCUCUGUGGCAUGGGCGAUAUUUGAGCUACUCGACGGGACUGGUAUAAUUAAAUACUGCUGUUGUUGUGGUUUUGGAGGAUUUCAUCUAAGAACUUCGGUGUGGUUGGUUUUAUGAAGUUGGGCUUGGUCUUGAAACAACCUUUUACAACAUAGUUCUGAAGAAGUGUUGUAAUGCUGUACUUUAUGAUCGGCACCUUCCUGCCUUCUAAUCCACUUAUUCACAGUAGAUCUUGCCCUGCUUAUUUCUAUCGUUUUUUCACAACCCCAUGACAGCUGAAAACGUUACAAGACCAUUUCCCAGAACGGCUAAAGCACGCUUUUGUCCUUAACGCGCCCAGUCUGUUUCAGGGCUUCUGGAAGCUGGUCAAGGGUAUGCUGGACAAGAAAACAAGCAACAAACUCUCCUUCAUCAACAUUCCGAAAGGCCACAAAUUCCAAACGAGUGGUACGGGGAGUGGCGGUACAGGUGUGGGGUUUUUAUGGCUAUAUUAGCAACGAACUUACUACCCUUGUUGCAACGAACUUGCUACCCUUGUUGCAAUUUCCCCUUAAUAAUCAAAUGUGGUUUAUAGCACAUUGGAGAUGGAGAUAGUACAUCCAGGCGGGGGGGUAGUACAUGUUGUAGAUGUAGUGAUCUCCUUAGUACAUGUUGUAGAUGUAGUUAUCGGAGUUGGAGUACUUUGAUGAAGCAUAAUAUCUUGUCUUCUCCCCAAGGGGAAGAUCGUAUUUCUUUUCAACACGGCUUCCUUGUUCUAAUCCUCGCAAAUUCGUCCUCUUCCGCCAAAAAACAAUCGCUCUGCUACGAUGCUGGGAAUGUAGGUGCCACAACAAUAGGACGAACUUUGCCAAAAUCAGUAUCAGGAAGCACAACAGAUCCGUCUCCAAGUACGACCUCAUCGUCGAUAAGCUCUGGGGCUCCUUUAUGGCCUGUUGCAUUUAAGUAAGUACUCAAAUUUCAGAAAGACAUUCUUGAUUUUCCGUAGACUUCUGUUUUAUAAAGAAUAAAGUCUAGCUCGCUACUUCGAGCUUACGCUAGUAACGUUGAACUUGCAUAAGGUACUAUAGUUUGUCUUCAUAAUACAGACAAUCUUGAAGAUCUUCUCACAUCUAAGCACCCCUGCUGCCUUCGCGACAGCAAAGGAUGGAUCGAAAUCAACUACAGCAACAGAGGGGGACCGAGUGAGCUAUGUGAAGAGCCUGGGUGAUUUUUUUACCGAUGAUGCAGGCUCCGAGGACUACUGCCGAUUCUUUCGACCAGAUCGUAUAGCUGGUUCUUUUGUGGGUGAUAUGAUUAUGGGAGACAUGAUGAUUUUUUGUUGAACUUGGUUGCAGUUGGAAGUGGAUAUUUUGUACAACUCUAUUCUUGGAACACUGAUCGUCCUGGAUGACAUCAACAAAAUUAUAGUGGUCCAUCUCCAUAACUACAACAUGCAUCAGAUUAUCUUGCAAAGCACAUGAAACCGCAAAGCACUGAUUAAGAGGGACGCCUAACCAACUCUCUGACUCUCAUGCAUCAUCAACUCUGAUUAAGAGGGACGAUCAUGCAUCAUCAACUCUCUGACUCUAAUAACCUGACGACGACCGACGGGGACGCCUCCACCCCAGCUUCUCCACAAUCACCGCCACCCGCUGACACGCUAGGGAUGAAAAAGAAGGUAGAAGUGUUCUUGCGCGAGGUGCCUCUGGAUAUUCUCCCAGACUACUAUGGCGGAACCGUGAAGCCGGAUGAUAUCCCGGUACCAAAUUUACCGGGACAGCCGAAUAUCGCAUGCACAGGGCCAUGGAAGCAUAGGUACUGAGGAGGAUGAGGAUGAGAUAGUUUGAUAAGUUGGCACGGCAGGUGUUAUGGUCAACAUUUAGUCGUGUCCAUCAUUCUCGGCAUCUUGGUCCCCCUUUCCCUUGUAUUCUCGUGAAAUACAAGGUAAAAGGGGUCAAGAUGAGGGGGCCGAGAGGCAAUCUAGCAGCCUCUAAAGGUGGAGCUAAUGUUGAGGGGGGCGGCGAUGAGUGAGUCGUAAAGCCAUCGUUCGUGUGCGACUGACUGGCGAGGAUGAGCAAGUCUCCACUGUGCAAGCACACCUUACCAAACUUGAGAUUCGAGAACAUAGAGAUUUACUGUGUGAUGUGCUGAUCCUCUCAAGAACCAUACAUACUUGAUACUGUUGCAUAAGUACUCACGUGAUUGGGUAAGGGUAUACUAGUCCCGUUUUUUUGAAAUAUAGUCGAAAUUUCAAUCCAUCCUGAUGAAUUUUUUAUACCAUAAAAUGCACAAUUUGAACAAAAUAACUGAGUUGAAAUUUGAACUCGACAGACGAUUAUGAACAGAUGUUGAUACUUUAGAGUGCUUCAUUGCAGUUAUCAUAGCUCACUCUUCAAUGAUUUGAUACAAUCGCUGCAAAGGUGGGCGAUAAAUAUCGCCCCCACUUCAUUCUCUCUAAAUUUCUUAUCCUUAAGCGUCAUCCCAAAUGAGCCAACUGCACCAUUUAUGGAACAAGCGCAACUUGAGCUAUUGAUGUCAAACAGAGCUUUUGCAUGUCACACUCACAACUCUUAUCAAUCUGUAUGGUCGAGCUUCUCAGUCAUCAACCUUGAACCUCAUCAUGGAUUAUGAUGCAUAAGGAAACUGGUUUCUCUCAGCACGUCGAGAAAAAAGUGCUGAAUGAGAUGGACUCUGUUUUCUGCG